AUGACAUGUUCGAAUGUAGCAACGAAAUAUUGUUUACCAAAUGGUUCCUGGUAUUAUGAUGAAAAAUUAAAUCAAACAUGGACAAAUUAUUCACAAUGUUUAAUUGAUUCAUAUCAUGGUGUGAAAAAUUCAACAGCAUUUCGAAAAUGGUUUCCAUUAGUGAAAACUGUAUCACAAACUGGUUAUAGUGUUUCAUUAACAACAUUAAUUAUUGCAAUUAUAAUAUUUUCAUCUAUUAAAAAAUUACGCUGUGCACGAAAUCGUCUUCAUUUGCAUUUAUUUAUAUCGUUCAGUAUGCGUGCAUUUAUGGCUUUAUUAAAAGAUGCGUUAUUUUUACAAGGUGUGGCAAUGUCUCAAAAUUUAGUAUUCAUCGAAGGUGAAAUGUUUAUCACCGAACCAAACGCAUGGAUUUGUAAAUUAAUAACGACAUCAUGGGAAUAUUUUAUUUUAGCCAAUUAUACUUGGAUAUUAAUGGAAGGACUUUAUUUACAUAAUUUAAUAUUUACAUCACUAUUCUCUGACAACAGUGCCAUCACCAUGUACGUUUGCUUUGGUUGGGGUGUACCAUCAUUUUUUACAAUAGCAUGGGCUGUUUCACGAAUUUAUUAUGAAGAUACUUUAUGUUGGACAACUCAUAAAAAUAAAUUAGUUUUUAUGUUAAUACGUAUGCCAAUUGUUUUAUCGGUAUUUACGAGUUUUAUAUUAUUUUUAAAUAUUGUCCGAGUCCUUUUAGUUAAAUUAAAUUCAGUUUACAUUCAACGAAGAAAAGUACGAUAUAGACGUCUUGUUCGCUCAACUUUAGUUUUGGUCCCAUUAUUUGGUGUUCAUUACAGCGUAUUUCUAGCGAUGUCUUAUGCUGAUCUUCAAUCAAAACCAAUGAUAAUGUUGGGCUGGUUAUUUUGUGAUCAAUUUUUUUCAUCAUUUCAGGGAUUUUGUGUAGCAAUGUUAUAUUGUUUAUUAAAUGGGGAAGUACGUGCCGAAUUAAAACGUAAAUAUACAGCAUGGAAAUAUCGUGAACGUGGACAACGAUUUGCUUCAUAUGCAACAAUGUCAUUUCGUGCGCACUCUCGUGUUUCCAUUCCGUUAACAGAGAUCCGUAAACCGUCCUGAACUUUAUCAAACACACAGA